AUUUCGUAGGUUCAUGUGCUUCCUAUUGACGCAGUGACUUUGUUCCAAUGGUCGUAAUCCGUCGGUAGUUCGGAUAGUAAUUCUUUGUCAGAUGUUGCCCGUGCCGUAGCGCGUGCGGGCAAUGUCUUUUUUCAAUAAUUUGAGGAAAGUCUUCCACCUCGGUAAUACCGAAGCCGUCAAGAAGAAGAAGACAUUCGAUCACAUCAGGGAUGAUGUGAACCCAAAUGACACCUGGGAUAUCAUUGGAGAACUUGGUGAUGGUGCCUUCGGCAAAGUUUACAAGGCAUCCCGAAAGGAUGGCACGCUUCUUGCCGCUGCAAAAAUCUGUGAUUUGCAAGCCGAGGAGGAUCUGGAUGAUUUCACCGUUGAAAUAGACAUACUGAGUGAAUGCAAGCACCCGAACAUAGUGGACCUCUAUGAAGCUUACGUCUUCGAAGGGCGAUUAUGGAUGCUCAUCGAGUAUUGCGAUGGUGGUGCGGUGGACUCAAUUAUGGUGGAUCUGGAGAAGGCUUUGAACGAAAAGCAAAUCCAGUAUCUAUGCAAGCAUAUGUUGGAAGCGUUGGAUUUUCUUCACAAGCAUAAAAUCAUUCAUCGUGACUUGAAAGCCGGGAAUGUUCUGCUCACCAUGAGUGGUGGGGUGAAGCUAGCCGAUUUCGGUGUUUCUGCCAAGAACAAGUACACUCUGCAGAAACACGACACGUUUAUUGGGACUCCGUAUUGGAUGGCUCCAGAAGUGGUUCAGUGUGAAACCAUUCGUGACAGACCGUACGAUUUCAAGGCUGAUAUAUGGUCCCUGGGAAUCACAUUGAUCGAGUUCGCUCAAAUUGAGCCCCCGAACCAUGAUAUGAGCCCGAUGCGUGUUCUGCUGAAGAUACAGAAAAGCGAUCCCCCAAAGCUGGACUUUCCUCAUCGAUGGUCCCGUGACUUCAAUGAUUUCAUUGCUAGGUGUCUACUGAAAGAUCCUGCGCAACGGUGUACCUCGGAGGAGCUCCUUAGUCAUCCAUUUGUUUCUGGCAAGGUUUCGCCGAAGCCUGUCAUAGAUCUGUUGCUUGAGUAUAAAGCGGAUGUCGUGGAAGAAACGGUUGAAGAAGAUGAGAUGAGUGAAGCAGAUCCGAGUGAGAAUCGACUGUCGCAAGCCAGUUUGUUGGAUAGCACCGCGUCAACGAGGAAAGAUUCUGUGUUAUCUACGUCAACGAUAGAUUCAUUUGCGACAAGCGAUGAGUUGAAUGAAUCCAAGAAGCGGAAAGCGUCUGUCGGGGAUUCAUCCAUUGGUGAAUUCCGCAAAAAGGUACCUUCCAAAGGACCUGCUCCUCAGCCGCCGGUGCAUGUGCCAGUGCCAGCUCAACCCGCUGCUCCUGCUCCGCCUCAACUUACUCCGCCUCAACCUGCUCCACCUCAACCUGCUCUUGCGCCAUCGCAGCCCGCUCAUGCUCCAUCGCAACCCGCUCCUCUUCCACCUCAACCUCAGACGACGAAAUCCAAACCGAUAUCGGUGCCUACGAUUGUAGCCGAAGAAGAAUCUUCUAGAACUGAGCCUUUGGAGGAGAUCGCUCCGCAAAUCUCUCAAGCUGUUAUCAAGGAAGAUUCCAAGGCACCUUUGACAGUCACGGACUCAGGUAAUUCGAGUCCGGCUUUGUCGGUAUCGCAAGAUGCUGUAUCUUCUCCAAGUCCUACUCCAUCCACUUCCAGUGGAGGAGUGAGUGUCAGUGUGAGGGGCAACAGUGCGUCGGCUUAUGAGUCAACUUAUCUGUCAGGACAAACUUCGGAAGAAGUAGUGAUAAUAACCGGUCCAACGGUGAUAACCGCGCCUAGCGAGCCGAAGGCGUCAUCAGCGCAGCCAGCCAGCCAGCCAUCGCCGCCCGCGGCAUCCGUCGUGAUAGUCACCGGGGUGAAAGAUGAUGAACUUUCUUUUGAUUCCACCCGGAAGGCGACGGAGACGAGUCACGUGUCGAUCGUGACAGUGGGAUCGGAGCGGGAUGAUGUGAGGGAUUCGUCAUUCGAUGCAGGGUCAACCAGCUCGUCGAUACUUGCUUCUGCACCUCCGUCUGAUUCUGGAAGACAUGAAGCUUCCAGCAAUGGGUCUUCUACGCCGUGUUCUGAAGUUUACGUCGUGGGACAUGUGGACACAAAAACGGACUCCAACGUCCUUGUGGAAAGAAUUGAACGUGCCCCGGAAGUCCCCGUCAAAAUCACGCUGGAGAAGGGUGAGGAUGUUCGAGAUGCCGAGUACGAAGCUGCUGCUGCAGAGGCAGAGAGGCAGGAAGAAGAGAAAGAAAAUCUUCGUCGUCGUCAUCGUGAAGAAGAACGUCGUAAACGAGACAAGGAAAAAUCGAAAUCAGUUUCUGCUUUGCCCGAACAACCCGAGCCGCAACGAGUGCCUGUUGCUGAAGAAGAGAAAGAAAAUCUUCGUCGUCGUCAUCGUGAAGAAGAACGUCGUAAACGAGACAAGGAAAAAUCGAAAUCAGUUUCUGCUUUGCCCGAACAACCCGAGCCGCAACGAGUGCCUGUUGCUGCCGAAAAUGACGCCGGCUGGCGGCGCUCUGUGGGUGCCACCGCAGAACCCUUGGCUGCGUCUACUCCAGUUGCUGCACCCAAAUGGGAAACGGAAAGCAAUGCGACGAUCAGCAGCCGGGGCAGUGACAAAGAAAACGUACCGGAUGAACAGACCGGCGCAAUGGGACCUCCAGAAGCCGCGGUGCAAAUGCGGAGAAAGCAAAGACCUCAAAGGAGCAAAGAAGAGCUCGAAAGUAUGCAAAUAAAGAAAAAAACUCGGAAGCGUACGAGGAAAUUCGAGAUCGACGGCGUGACUGUCACAACAACGACGAGCAAGGUCUACUAUGGAGACGAAAACGGUGGGCUACCGUCGGACGAUCACGUGAUGCGCAAGCAAGAGCUCAGAGAAUUGAAAAUGCUGCAAAAGCAGGAACAGAAGCAGUUUCAGGACUUGGCUGUGAAAGCGCAGCUUGCUCGGGACCAGCAAGAACGACGCUUCGAGCAAGAGAUGAGCCAGUUGUCGCGCCAGUACGAUGCUGAACUGGAGUCGAUGACGCGUGCUCAAAAACUUCAAGUCGAACGAGCCGAACAACAGCUCGAAACGGACCUCAAGCUCAAUUCCAAAGCCAUUCGUGGGGACCAAGAAAAGGAACUCAAAGCCUUCAAGGACAGUCUGAAAAACGAAGCUAAAGCUUUGAGGAAUCACGUCGAGUCUACCACGCCCAAAGACCGUCGCAAAGAAGCUCUCAAGGCCCAGAAGGAAGUCCUAGAGAGAGACCAGUUGUCUCGAGAACGAGCCUUCGUGGAAACGCUGAACGAUAAGCACGAAGCAGAGCUGAAAAAGUUGCACGAAAAGCAUCGCGAACACAUUGCAAAACUCGAGAGGGAAUUUUUGGACCAGAAACAUAAGCUGCGUCGAGCAAGAGAAGCAACGUUGUGGGAGCUAGAAGAGAAGCAGAUAGUGGACAAGCAUAUCUUGGCCAAGAAGCAAUUGAAGGAGAUCUUCUUCCUCCAGAGACAUCAAAUGAAGGCGAGGCACGAUCGGGACAAGGAAGGGGCCAAAAGAACAUUGGUUCAAAAGGAAACGGACUUACUGAAGAGACAGGCGGUGGAAAGGCGCCAGAUGCCGAAGUAUAUUCGGCAAGAGCGGAAAGUGAGAGAGAUGAUGUUCAGGGCGAGUCUGAAAAUCUCUGCUGAUUCCGGAUUCCCAACUGACCCUGAGCGAGAGAAGCAAAAGAUGCGUCAAUUUCAGGAAACUGAGAAUCGGCGAUACAAGGAAGAACAGGACCGAUGUGAGCGAAAGCAUCGCAAGCAACUGGAGGAUCUUCAUCGGCAGGCGGAGUUGGCCAUGUCGGAGUUGGAAAAUGUUCAGGCUGACAAGAAACGCUUGCUGACGGAACACGAAAACUUGAAACUCAAGCAGCAGGAGGAAGAGUACAAUCGUGAAUUGCGAGACUGGCGAGCAUUGCUCAAACCGCGUAAACAACGUCUGGAGGAUGAGUUUUUGCGGGAGAUUGCCGAGCAGGAUUUAUUCUAUGGCGGGCUGUUGAGCAACAGCGCUGGGGAUGACACAUCGUCCGAUGCGGCGACAGUAGUGAUUGGUGCCUCGGCCUCCUCACCCGGAACUAGAAAAGGUUCGAUUGCGUCGACGGCGCCGAACAGACCUGGAGUUUGGGCGAAUGACUGAUCGAUUCUUGUGAGACAACGAAAUAGUUUUUUCCUCUUUGAAUUUUUCCCAAGGUGGAUUAAUUGACCAAGAAACUAACUCAUCACUGCAUCGUCGGAUGAGUUGUACUUUUUUUGUUGAGAUUGUCGUCUUCUCUUCCAGUUCUUGUCGAAUCGAAGUUUCAUCCCGUCGUUUGAUAAUUGCACCUGACGCAGUUUUCUUCAUUUCUAGGAUCGCGGAAUUCCAAAUCGAGGUGUGAUGAUGAUUUUUAUGCUUGAUCGGAAUUCAGGGAAUGAUUCGCUGAAUAUUAUAAAUUAAAUUUACGUUGAAAUGUCUUCUGAACACAAUGGGAUAAGUGUAAACCGAUUUUUAUGUAGGUCUGAAGAAGUUCUUCAACCGCUUGGCUCUUACGUCCGUUGUCUCAUUUAAAAACUUCCUCCUGAUAUAUUUUUAGUCAACAACGUUUUGUUAAAUUAAUCCUCAGUAAAACUUCCACGAGUCUUGGAAAUAUCUUAGUCAACGGCAAUACUUCGAAGUCAAUUUGUUAUCCGAUUUCAGUGUCAUAAUUAAUUUCGUGCAUAUAAUAAAUUAUAGGGCAAUACUAGUAUUAUGGUUCGGUGAAAAACGCAAAAUAGCUAUGUGUUGAGUGAAUAUAAUUCACGCACCGAAUCGAAUGCUUCUGCAGUCUGCAGGCAUUUUUGUCAAAGGUCGGACAACAGCAUGUGAAAUGUUGACUCCGAACGCAGUGCGUAUCGAGCGAGUAAACCGGGAUUUAUUUUUUCAAAUUGUGCUUGUCCUGCAACAAUCCCGUCCUAUCAGCAAAGUGGAGGCCUUUCCUGGAGAAGAAUUUUCAUUUCGAAAUUUUUUAAUGGUAAUGGGAUGUUUUGAUGGAAGUUGGAGGUCAUUAAUCAACGCUUUCUUUUACCUUUCGAAUGAAUUGCAUAUUUUUUUUUAAAGGAAAAAAUACCUUCUCUUCAAGUAGGAUCUUUUUUUCCUCCUGCGGAUGUAGGCUCGUGAUAUUCGAUGGCAAACGAAAGUUAAAAAUCGAGUUACUCCGAUGGUUAAAUAUUUUUUCUUUGAAAUCCCGUGGGAAGAAAUUUGAGCUAUUCAUAUCAGAUGCGAAAAUCUUUCCCGUAACUUUUUUGGAGCAGUUGCGAAGAUUCUUUUUCUGUCGGUUGUGGGGACGAAUCGAAUAAUGUGGGAUUAUUCGGUGCUGAGUAUUGUCAUUGUGCAGCGAUUUUGGUCCGGAUCUUCGCGUAGUAAUUUCACCACUCCCGGUUUGCGUCGUGGUUCAUUUCUUGAUUCAUAUUCCAGUGGGAUGUUCUGCUUUCCGCAGUUAGAUUCGGUAAAAUAACUUGGAGCACAACGUGAUGCUUAUUCGACAUGACGAAAUAUAGUAGUGAAGAUAUGAAGUCUUGAUGGAUCCAGGAUUGUGUGCCAACGAAAACGCUGAACAAUGAGAAUGAAUAAUGUCCUUGCGGAACCCUUGCGAUAUUUUAACGUAUUCGUUACUACUUUCUUGAUAAGUUUCCCUUUUGAGUUAAAAGAAGAGCGUAGUAAAUUGUAUGUCCUGUUCAUCGGUGCCAUAUCGCGAGAUGGAUGAGAAGAUGGAUCUUGAAGUUGUAACGUCAUUCCAGGUAUACGUUGCGGGGGUUCGUUUUAGUUUCUCGCUUCCACGCUGUUGUUUCCGGCGCGCGGGAAAAACUAAAACUGAACCCUUUGUUCUCUUCCAUUUUCUCCCUCGAUUGUAUAUUUCCGAGAGGAUUUUUUUUUUCUCCAGAAAAAGGGAGAACGUUACCAAUUCGUCGCGGUUAUUGUCUGUACCUCGGAGUCGCGAGUUUCAGCAAGCUGGAGGUUCACGCGAAGUUGUACUUUUUAGUUAGUUGUUUUUCUUUACGCUCACGACAUUGCUUAUAGCCAUUUGCAGAAAGUUGUUUUGUAACGCAACAAAGAGAACGUAAGUCGUUCUCAUAUGACGUUGGCUUAAAAAAAAAAAGAAAAACUGCACCUGAGUUCCUGGCUGCACUGUUUUUUUUUUCGCAUUGUUCAGCUCCAUGCUCAGAAUUUUGAAAACGUAAGUUCCAAGAUUAUUCUACGAUGGAAACGUCUCAGUCUCGAGGUGACGAUUCCACGCCAUAGUCGCGUCGAACGGUUUUAUCACUUUGUGAGGAUCAAUAUUGCUUUAGUGAGCGUAAAGAAAAGACUGGCUUUGUUCAGGGUUUACGCGGUUGUAAACCUUUGAUGUUGUGGUUUUCCGCGUAAUCGCGCGGAGGUAUAUUUAUUUGUGGACGCCGUGUUACGCGAAAUUCGUUGAGAUCAUGUGAAUUGGUGAGAUUGAGAAGCUUGAUUGCGAGAGGAUGAAACGGAACAAUUAUGAGAAAGAAAUUAUUCUACAA